AUGCUGACUGUACUGCCCAGGCCGUCCUCAUGGCAGGCAGCCAAAGGGGUGCCAACUACAGAGAGGAAGCCCGCUCCGGCCUUUGAUCCUCAAUCCUCUGGUGGUCCUUCUGAGUGGAACCUGGCCGAUCAUGCUUUACCUGCCUCCCCAGAUCGGGUACUCAUCUGGGGAGCCAAAGCCAGGUCACAGCUACCACAACCGCCCUGUGCUCCUGCCUGUACUCUGGAUGUGGAAAGAUUUCUGCAGAGCUUCUUCAGGACACGGCAAGGCCCAGAUGGCACCUCCCUUACCACCUUACUUGGUGACCCAGCCCCGCAACCUGAUGGUUGGUGGCGUAUCCCGUGGACAUUGCUGGGACCAUCGCACUGCGAGCUGCUGUGUCAGGAUGGUUGGCUACGUGGCUGGCACGGAUGCAAGAUGGAGGCACUAUACUCCAUCGUUUACCAUGGACAGCUUCUACCGAGCACCGAUGAGUCGAAGGGUGACAGGUUCCUGGCAGGCUGUCCAGGGGUGUAUCUGCACCGAGACAGCCUGCAACACAAGGUGGAGAACUACAUGAGAUGGAUACCACUAUGUGGAGAUGGUCUCUUCUGGGCUGCCAAGUGGGAGGUGGUGUAUGCUCCCUCGGGGAGCAAUAAGCAUGGCAAGCGCACUGAUCAGGUUAUACAAAGUGCUGAAUCGGUGGAGCUGGUGGCCCUCUGGCUCUCAGUGCGCUCCGAGAACAUGCUGCCUGACGGAACUGCUGUGCAGGCCAAAUGGACUCCAGCACGCGAGGCCAACCCAUGCCUCACUGAGCUCAAGCGAAGAAGCAGUGCUCUGUUACAGACUGUGGACUUCACGGAACUGUCUGCCUCUUCCAGGCCUUCGCCCAGCUCCAGCUUGAGGUCUGACCUGGUGCUCGACAACAAAGGCCGACUCAAGCCGACGCCUAAAGCACGCGGUCGUUUGUCUCACAUCCCUUCUGAACUGGAGAAGGACCGAACGCCAGAACAAGCGAAGCUCACCAUACAGUCGGGCAAUCUGGUGCUUAAGUCGGCCACAGCAAAUAGCUCGGAGACUCCGACUGCUUCGACCACCGUUUCGGCUGCUACCUCGGCCGUCCCGUCAGAUCUACCUCAACGAGGACCCAAACGGGCUCGAUCUGACGCUUCCUCUCCGAAACCACGGAAGAUGCAGACAAGGCCCAAGCCGAGAAGAUCGAUUUGGUUUGAUGUCACGGACAAUCCGGCUGACCAACCACCUUCGACCUCCUCAGCUGCAGCCAAAGGCCGCGGCACUGGGACGAUCAAGGCCGCCAAGCUCCAAGAUCGUGUCCGCAGAAGGAUGGCCAGGAAGAUGGAGGAAAUCUUCCAGGCCAAUAGUCUAGCCUACCGGUGGCUCCGGAAGACCAAGAUGACACAGGUGGGUUCCCUGCUCACAGACCUUUGUUGCUCCCUCCACCAGUCACUGCCUGCAACAUUUGUCUUGAACGCCCAGUGUGCACAUCCACCACAAUGCCAGUCGGGCUCACAUGGACCUACGGUGCCUCCCCACACCGUGAUGAUUAUCGAUGUGCCGUCUGUCUUCGCCACUGGGCGCAGGCCAGUGGGUCGAGCAGGCAUCACUUCGGGACACCUACCUGUCCAAUUUGUGCAGGAUAUCCCGGGCACGUGGCUGGCCUAUCGUCUGGCGGUAUUGCCCUCCGUCGACUACGAAUCGAUCCAGUCAGACCCCGGGCACGACGACGUCGAUCUGGGGAGUGCCAUCUGCACACCCCCUGCACACUACAGUAGCGCGAAGCGAUCCUACAAACGUGCCUUACGUCGUGCUGCACAGGACCAGGCUGAGCGUCGUAUGCAGCAGGCCGCUCUGAAAGUCUCCCAGGGACGCCUGUUGUUCCUCUCAUGGAAUGCUGGAGGACUGUCCCAGGUGGCGCCACAAUUCCCCACUGCUACAUGGGAUGUGUACACCUCCCCAACCACAGACAACAAAUCUGCUGGGCUCCUGGUGCAACACCUGAGGAUACUCCACGACCAAUGGGCAGUUGACCUGCUGCACAUCUACCAAAAGCCGCACAACUCUCAUCCACUCGCCCUGCAAUCCUCCAAAACCAUUCGCUUAGCUGUCUGGGAGUGCAUUGGUAAGAUCCUGGCGGCUCUACCUGCCCGCAACACGGUGAUCAUGCUUGGAGAUUUUAAUACUCAGAUCAAGCCGUGUGCCGCAGCUGGCACCAGGAUCUGUUCAGGCACCAGCACGGGCACACAUCCGCCUGAUCAGGCACGGUUGCAGCAUCUUGUCGAGGACUUCUCCCUCCUACACCUCAACUCAUGGUGCAAGGCGGCUGGCCCCACGUACCAUCACAACAAAGGUGCUAGCCUCAUUGACCAUAUCAUCAUGCGUUCCAGCCAAGCGGAUGAUCGUGCCCGGCAGGCGAGACCUCUCCGCCUGGGACUGGCUGCAUGGAGACUUGGUGGAUAUCACCUACCACUGAAGGCCAGCGUCCCGCUUCAGCGCUUCCACACUCUUAACAAACCGGUGGCACCACAACGAGCAUGGGACCAUUGGGGCCUGAUUCAGGUUUGCCGCUCUACCUGGGAUCCGCGGGUUCAAAGUCUGCGUUCUGCUGUUCAGGCGUCCCUGCCUGGGGUCAAUGACCUUGGGCAACUGCAUGACACUCUGAUCCACUGUGCAUCCCAAUCUUUCCCGCCGCCCGCAGGACAGCAUCGGCUGGCACUAUGGCAAACACCGCCUAUGCAGGAUGGUAUUCGCUCCAUGUGGCAGGCCUACCGAGUCUGGAAGACAGCCAAAGCUCAAGAUCAGCACAAUCCGCUUUAUGUCUCCAGGUGCUAUCAUCACUUCAAGACGGCACACAAGGCCUUUCGUCGUGCCGGGAAAGAAGCCAAGAAGCACUGGUUCCAUGGCAGGCUCCAGGAACUACAAGCUGCUGCCAGUUCGGGUGACUCCCGCAAGCUUUAUGCUGGCAUACGCACACUAGCUCCCAAAUCCUCCAAGCCGAAGGUUCAAUUGCGAGAUUCUGGUGGACAUCUGCAAGACCCCAAGACCCAGCUUAAACAGCUGGAAACGCACUAUCGCAAAUUAUAUGCUGCAGACGAGGACACCAGCAUCCAGGGCCCCCAGCGGACGCCCAUUCACAUCGAAGUCACGGAGGCAGAAAUGUUCCUUGCGGAUCAGGCACAAUUUGCAUAUUUGCCAGGUGCACAACUAUCGCUGGACCUGUCCAGUGCUUUUGACCUCAUGGACUGGCGCCUGCUGGACAAGGCUUUACUUGCGUCCGAAGUUCCGGCUGAGUUAAGACACCAAAUCAUGUCCUGGCACUCUGAGAUCUCCUAUGUCCUUACCCACCUUGGGCACACUGCCAAGGUGGAGGCCCAAAGAGGACUUAGACAAGGGUGUAAACUGGCUCCGUUGCUCUGGACCCUCGCCCUGGCACAGAUAUAUCGUGAGCUUCUUGCCGAGGGGGACCCGCUCCUCACAGCACCUUGGCUAGAGCAAAGCUCCACGAUUUAUGCAGAUGAUAUACACCUCAAGGAUACCGUGCAGACUACUCGUGAGCUGGACGACAUGGUGUAUCGCUUUAGUAAGAUCCUCGAUGCUCUUGCCGCCCAUGGUAUGGUCAUCAACUCGGCCAAAUCAGCAUUGCUACUGAGACACAAGGGCAGUUUCAUCAGGGGCUGGCUGCGCCGACACCUCAUACCCAAACCCGAGGGGGAUCUACUCCGCUUUCGCAGCCCCCUGGGAACGGUGUAUGAAAUUCCGUUGCGUGACCAUCACACGUACUUAGGCAUACGCAUCUCAUAUCAUUCCCAGGCCAAACAAGCAGUCACCUAUCGGCUACAGGCUGCGAACCAGGCAUGGCAAAGACUCCGUGGUGUACUGUGCUCCACCAGGCAUCUUGCUCAGACACAUCGUCUCAGUCUAUGGAAAUCCACAGUGCUUCCCACGCUGCUCUAUGGCAUAGCGGCAUCCAACCCAGGUGCCAAGGACAUCCAACGUACGCAGCACAUGAUGACCAAGCAGGUUCGAGCCAUCACCCGAUCCUUUGCACAUCUUCAGAAAGAAUCCACACAGGACCUUUUGCAUAGAUGCUCCCUGUCCACCAUCUUGGAGCAUCUGCAGAGGGAAGCCGCUGCCUUGCAUCGUAGCCUGACCAGCCUGAGCACCGAAACGAGCUUCGUGACCCAAGCUCAGGUGGAAUCAGCUCGAGACACUGCCGCUACACUCCACCUUCAAGUGCAACGUCAAUGGCAGGUACCUCUUGGGGACACAGAAGGUAUCACUGACCCUGCCGUACACCAGUGUAUGCACAUGGAACAGAAGGACUUCCAACGUGCAGACACUGCGCCCAUCCCUUCCGACAAUGGGACAGCUCCACUACGCCGAGCCAUGAGGCUGUUCCUCUUCAUCAGCAAUCUCAUGUUCUUGAGACACUACGUGCACGCAGGUGGACUGACCUCCUUGAGAAACCGGAGAUCUACUCGUAUCUCCAGCACCACUGCCCGCUGUGUUACCAGUGGCUAG